UUGGAGCAGAAGUAUGGCUAUUUCCACUGCAAAGACUGCAAGACCAGAUGGGAGAGUGCUUAUGUAUGGUGCAUUUCUGGAAGCAAUAAGGUGUACUUCAAGCAGCUCUGUCGCAGGUGCCAAAAGGGCUUCAAUCCCUAUCGAGUGGAAGCAAUCCAGUGCCAGUUCUGUUCAAAGAUUCGUUGUUGCUGCCCUCAGAAGAAAAGACACAUCGAUGUCAAGAAACCUCAUCGCCAAGAACUCUGUGGCCGCUGCAAAGGCAAGAAGCUGUCCUGUGAUAACACCUACAGCUUCAAAUACAUUGUCUGAUCCAUGUGCCCUCUUCUGUUUUGUGCUUUGUACUCUGUCAGUCUUCUGCAAUGUUUUGACUUGAGGCUUUUGACCUGGCAUUGGAUAAUGGAUAAAGACUUUUGCAUUAUUUAUAAGUACAUAACUUCAUUGUACAUAUGAUGUAAAUAUAGUUCAAUAAAAGUCUGCACCAGUUUG